CUUCUCACACCCCCCAUCUUUAUUUUCAUUCUUUCAGGUAAAAUUAGGCAGCAGAAUUGGCACCCAUUCAAUGAAUAGUGGCAAGUGGGAAGGAUGGCCAUGGACAACGCCACAACAGUGUUUGAGUUUCUCCUUAUUGGCAUCUCUAACUAUCCUGAAUGGAGAGGCACAUUUUUCAUAUUGGUGCUGAUAACUUACCUCAGCACAUUGUUGUGGAAUGGACUUAUUAUCUUUCUCAUCCACUCUGACCCCCACCUCCACACUCCAAUGUACUUCUUCCUCAGUAACCUGUCUUUCUUAGACCUUUGCUAUGGAACAGCCUCCAUGCCCCAGGCUUUGGUGCAUUGUUUCUCUACCCAUCCCUACCUCUCUUACCCACAGUGUUUGACCCAAAUGAGUGUCUCCUUAGCUUUGGCCACAGCAGAGUGCCUCUUACUGGCUGUCAUGGCUUAUGACCGUGUAGUUGCUAUCAGCAAUCCCCUGCGCUAUUCUGUGGUCAUGAAUGGCCCAGUGUGUAUCUGGUUAGCUGCUACCUCAUGGGGAGCAUCAUUUGUGCUCACUGCCAUGCUCAUUUUAUCCCUGAGGCUUCACUUCUGUGGGGCUAAUGUCAUCAACCACUUUGUCUGUGAGAUUGUCUCCCUCAUUAAGCUGGCCUGUUCUGAUACCAGCCUUAAUGAACUUAUGAUCCUCAUCACUGGCAUCUUCACCCUGCUCCUACCCUUUGGGUUUGUUCUCCUCUCCUAUGCCCGAAUUGUUGCUGCUGUCCUAAGGAUUCGCUCAGCCCAGGGCAGGCUCAAGGCCUUUUCCACGUGUGGUUCUCACCUGACCGUGGUGAUAAUCUUCUAUGGGGCAGCUAUCUCUAUGUAUAUGAAACCUCAGUCCAAGUCCUCCCCUGAUCAAGACAAGUUUAUCUCAGUGUUUUAUGGGGCUUUGACACCCAUGCUGAAUCCCCUGAUCUAUUCCCUGAGAAACGAGGAUGUUAAAGGGGCAAUAAGGAAAGUUAUGAUGAAAAGAGCAUGAACCUCCUUUGCUGCUAAACUUCCUAAAAAACACUUCUUCACUGAUGGGGA